AUGGCGCGUGCAGAAUAUCGAAACGAUUCUCGUCGUAAAUUGGCUUUGAUAAUCGGAAAUGGUGAUUAUGUCAUGGGAAGAUCUUUAUUCAAUACAACAAAUGAUGCAAAACGAAUGACAAAUGUUUUAAAACAUCUUGGAUUUGUUAUUCAUGGAGGUGAACCGAAACUAAAUGUAACUUUCGAUGAAUUUGCCGUGACUUUGACGAGUUUUAUUUGUUCAAUCGGACCAAACGAUUUGGUUUUGUUUUAUUAUUCUGGACAUGGAAUUCAAUGGGAGGAUCAAAACUAUUUGAUUCCAGUGGAUAAUUUCAAAGAGGAAAAUAAUCGAAGAGUCGAACUGAGUGGAAUAGAUUUAAAAAGACACGCGAUCAAUGCACAAACUUUUCUGAAUACUCUCGAUGAUCGGGAUCCAUUUGCAAUUUUAUUUUUCUUGGAUUGUUGUCGAACAUACCAUUUAAGACAUGAAGAAUUACGGAAAAAUCGAUCAAAAGGUGAUCUGUCUACUCAUUUUCAGGGAUUAAGAUUAAUGCCUUUGAAGAUUGGUUCAUUAAUUGCAUUUGCUUGUGCACCUGGAACAACCGCGGAUGAUGGAAAUAGUGAAGAGAAGAAUGGAUUAUUUACAAAACAUCUUUUGAGACAUCUUUCAACAUCGGAGGAAGAUAUUUUCGGAAUAUUAACGAAUGUAACAAAAGGAGUUGUUGAAGAAUCGAACAAACAUCAAAUUCCACAUGUCACAUUUUCGUUAACUGAAAAGAUUUUCUUAUUCAAUGAAAAGCAAAUAGAAAGCAAAUUCAACAAAUGGAAACAAAAAGGAACAACUGUAGCAGGAGGAUAUGGAAAAGGUCACGAAUUAAAUCAGCUCUGGCAUCCAAUUGGAAUUUUCAUUGGCAAACGCCUAAAUCUGUUUAUUGCUGAUUAUCAUAAUCAUCGAAUCAUUCGAUGGAAACCAAAUGAAAGUCAAGGAACGAUCGUGGCAGGUGGAAAAGGAAUGAAUCAAUUAAAUUGCCCAACAUAUGUGAUUGUGGAUGAAGAAAAUGAUUCAUUGAUUAUUGCUGAUAAUGGAAACAAACGAGUGGUUCGAUGGUGGAAUGAGAAUGAACAAGAAGUUCUCAUUGAUAAUAUUCAAUGUUGUCGAUUGACCAUGGAUCGAGAUGGAUUGCUUUAUGUUUCGGAUUGGAAUAAACAUGAAGUGAGAAGAUGGAAAAUAGGAGAAAAAGGUCGAGGAAAAGUAGUUGCUGGUGGAAAUGGAGAAGGAGAUCAACUGAAUCAACUGAAUUCUCCCGGUUUUAUCUUUGUGGAUGAUGAAGAAUCUGUUUAUGUUUCAGAUUAUGAAAAUCAUCGUGUGAUGAAAUGGAGAAAAGGCGCAAAGGAAGGAAUUGUUGUUGCGGGAGGGAACGGUUGUGGAAAUCAUCCGAAUCAACUGAAUGGUCCUCAAGGAAUUUGUGUUGACAAGUUUGGUUGCAUUUAUGUUGCCGAUUGGGGAAAUGAUCGAAUAAUGCGUUGGUGUAAGGGUGACAGAGAAGGUGAAAUCAUUGUUGGCGGAAAUGAAUCAAAUCAGUUGUGUUUUCCGAUGGAUAUUUCAUUUGAUGUUAAAGGAAAUUUGUAUGUUACUAAUUAUGGAGAUCAUCGCAUCACAAGAUUCGACUUAUAUUCUUGA